AGAAAGCCUGUUGAAACUUUCCCCUCUUCAACUUCACCUUCUUCCCAAUCUUUCUUUGGGACGCAGCAUCGCCGUUCGUAGAGGGACGGCGUCUAUACAAUAACCUUAGAGUAUUUCGAAGAUAAUCUUAACAUAUCACCAUGGCAGUUAUCGCCCAGAUGCACCGCUUCUGCCCCAAUCUCAGCGUCGAGCACUACCCAGCGCGCCAGGGAGCUCGACGCUACAACCCAACAUAAUUACCAUGAUUGGGGGAGUUCCGCCCUAGGGCCGGCGGAACUCUUCCCGUCAUUCGGAGGUUCUAUGAUACCUCCGAUUCAAGACUGGUCCUUGGGUUUGGAUACUGGCAGCAAUAUUAAUGAGGUAGACUGGUCGCUCUCCGGCUUAGACGGAGGAGGCGAUCCACUUGUUUUCGAGAAUAACAUACGCAAUGGACACUUAGAUGCUUCGGAGAUGCUAUCUAGUUUUGAUCCUAAUCUGAAUUUUCAAUUCAACCAACCCCCUAAUUCUUAUCACGCUUCAGGGUCGGGGUCAGAUACGGGGCCUUCCGACCCGUCCUAUUCACCAGCAGCAAUGCCUAAGUCUCCUGGAGCUUCUUCCAACCAAGGCCGGACUCCCAAGAGUCGCCGCUCGCCUCCGGUGGAUCCAGUUACCGCUCUCAAACGCCAACGCAACAAUGUUGCGGCUCGCAAGUAUCGGCAGAAGCGAAUUGAUCGGAUCAGCGAACUGGAGAUGGAACUCCAGGGCGUCAAGCAGGAACGUGAUGAUUUACGACUUCGUCUAGCCCGUCAGGAGGCGGAGGCAGCCGCUCUACGGAGCAUGCUGCAGCUGAACUCUGGGAAGGGUGCGAAAGGUUAGCAAUGCUAGGCAGUGUAUUUUGAGGUUUCUAGUAGUCCACCAAAAAUGAAAUUGCUCUUUUAUAUAUUUAUCUCAGACGAUGUCGGCUCGUUCUUUUCCUCAUACUGGGGUUGUCCCCAAAGGGACUGCAGAAUUUAAUGUGAUUGGAAGAGGGAACGUAGUUGUCAUCUUAGAAUGGUAAUGGCAGUUGGUUUCGGCUUCUGGCAUACAUACCACGAUCCCUAUACAAAGAUGCAUUCUCUAGAGUCGAUUCGAAUGUGAUUCAUUGUCUAUCUAAUUUCAUAUCUAUCUACAACAGGUAUUGUCAUUGAACUUCUAUAUAUCCC